UGUUUUCCAUUGAUGUGUGCUAGAAUGUGCGUACGACAGGGACAGGCAUCGUGAAUCCAGGGCUGGGCAUAUGGCUAUAGUUCCUAAAGAAAUCAGGGCUCACCUCACCGUGCACGGGUCUGGAACUUGAACGAAGGGGAGCGAGGUGUGAGUCUGUGAGUGGGGGCUGUGUGCGUCAUGUGCUGCAGCGCCUGGCGGCAACACACAUUGGCUACACACACAGGUUUCCGGACAGAGCUUUUCUCAGGCAUUCAGCGCUGAAUUGAUCGGCUCUAGUCGAUUAGUAGCCUGUAGUCCAAAAUACUGGCGGAUCUGGACGGAGACAAUUUCGUGUUCUAAUCUCUUUAAAAAAUACAUUUCUAGUCAUUUCUACUAUUUGUAAAGAAAAAGGGGGCUAUUUCCUUCCUCCCUCUCCAUCCAUCCAUUCUUCCAUCUUUCCCUCCCCUAAGGGCCGCUGGACGGAUAGCCGAGGAGGCCGUGGAGCGCACUUUUUCAGUUAGGGGAGAAAGAGGACGAGCAGGACACUGUUUUUUCCAGCGGGCAGAGGCAUUCUGCGGGGCGGGGUUGGUGUUCGACUUUCACGGUUUCUGCACUGCGCUCGACCCGCUUGUGGAGAUCACGAUGACUGGUGGCGAGACACCGGAGCGGUGGCGGAUGCUCCCCACUCUGCUAUGGUGAUGUUGCCCGCGUUCAAAUGUCCCCUCCUCGGAUGAGACCACGUAUGAAUGGACGGCUGUGCAGGUGAUGGAGAGAAUAUGAUCAUUGUGUCGAGGGGGACAUCAUUUCAUUGUUGAUUCAGCUCUAAUAUUACCCUACAUUACAUUAUAAACCACGACGGAUUUCAAUUAAAGAUGAUUAUUGAAUGCAAAUAAGAAAAAUCAACAAAUGUCACAUUUAUCCUUUUCGUGUAUAAGGAUGCCAGUUCAUCUUUGCGCGCGUGUAAAGCGAGUGUGAGGUGGCGGGAGACAAAUUAGCCAGUGUACCAAACAUUGCGGAUGUUACAAAAUAAAUAAAUAAUUAUAGAUUUUUUCCAACAUGUUUUGGUGUCUGAAACGUACCAAUCACGACCAACAUGCCCGGUUGAGGGGAAACACUUGGUGGAUUUAUUUUAUAAUUUUUUUAUUUUGAUAAUCUGAUUUAUUUUAAUAUUGUGCUGAGGUCAUGAUGACAACACAACAUUUUAUAUUCAAGCGAAGCACAAGAGGCAUCUGACGAGCCUAUUAUCGCACCGUGGAAAUGGUUCGGGAGAAAACGAUGGAGCAGCCAUGGAGAACAUGAAACAUUUAUACUAACUCAUCUUGGAAUGUCCCCAAUCUGAUAUCCCCAAUAUCCCAAAAGAGCCUUACUCUUGUUUUUUGGACAUCUAAAAACGACCUGAAGAAGAAUUGUGAAUCCUACUGCACUGAUAGUCGUGCAACAAGCCAAGCUAUCCACCCCACCCCCACCCCACGUUGCAUUUGUUUUACACCCGCACUUGACCAUUAGUACUAACGCACCGAGAGAGACCAAAGCCUAGAUGGCGUCUUUAUCUUGUAAAGGCCGCACCAUAUAGGCUUACCACCCGGCAACUCUCCCCCUAUGCAGGUGGAAGAAGCAGAAUAAAACAGUUGAGUGUCUGAGCAGUCCGCAGGCAGAUGGGAUGUAAUGUUGUGUGGUCGUGCUGAGCAUUCGCCUCCUUCUCAGCUACAGCUGCUUUGUAAAGAUUUGGUGUCCAGAGAAUGGCGCGGUUCGAAAACGAGAUGCCGUCCAGGUAUGGCGGCGGCCACGGCCAUGGACCAGGGCAUGGGCAUGGACCUGGAGGCCCUGGCCGCGGCGGCAGUCGGCAGGGCGGCCCGCCUGGAGGCCCCGGGGGACAGCGGGUCUACAAGCAGUCCAUGGCGCAGAGAGCCCGGACCAUGGCCCUGUACAACCCCAUCCCGGUGCGUCAGAACUGCUUCACCGUCAACCGCUCGCUGUUCAUCUUCAGCGAGGAUAACUUUGUGAGAAAAUACGCCAAAAAGAUUACAGAAUGGCCUCCGUUUGAGUGGUUGAUCCUGGCCACCAUCUGUGCCAACUGUAUUGUCCUGGCUCUGGAGCAACAUCUGCCUGAUGGAGACAAGACUCCUCUGUCUGAACGCCUGGAUGACACUGAGCCCUACUUCAUAGGGAUCUUCUGUUUUGAGUCAGGCAUUAAGAUCCUGGCUCUAGGAUUUGCCUUCCAUAAGAACUCCUACAUAAGGAACGGAUGGAAUGCCAUGGACUUCGUAGUAGUAUGCACAGGGAUUCUGUCUACAGUGGGAUCGGACUUCGAUUUGCGGACUCUGAGAGCGGUCCGUGUGCUGAGACCCCUCAAACUGGUGUCUGGGAUACCCAGCCUCCAGGUGGUCCUCAAGUCCAUCAUGAAGGCUAUGACACUGCUGCAGAUCGGCCUGUUGCUAUUCUUCGCCAUCCUCAUGUUCGCUAUCAUCGGCCUGGAGUUCUACAUGGGCAAAUUCCAUACUACCUGCUUCGACAUUCACACAGAUGAGAUUCGUGAGGAAGUUCCGUGUGGGACCGAAGCCCCGUCGAGACUUUGUCCAAACGGGACCACGUGUCGAAAGUAUUGGCUGGGUCCUAACUACGGCAUCACCCAGUUUGACAACAUCCUGUUUGCCGUGCUCACUGUCUUCCAAUGUAUUACCAUGGAGGGAUGGACUGACCUGCUCUACUAUAGCAACGAUGCCUCAGGGAGCGCGUGGAACUGGAUGUACUUCAUUCCCCUCAUCAUCAUCGGCUCUUUCUUCAUGUUGAACCUGGUCCUGGGUGUACUGUCUGGGGAGUUUGCCAAAGAGAGAGAGCGAGUGGAGAACAGGAGUGAGUUUCUAAAGCUGAGGAGACAGCAGCAGAUAGAGAGAGAGCUCAAUGGAUACCUGGAAUGGAUUUGUAAAGCAGAAGAAGUGAUCUUAGCAGAUGAUGAAGACCCUGAUGCCUUUGACGGCACCCGCAGGAGACCCACCAUCAAAAACCACAAGAACAAAACAGAUCUCCUUAACCCAGACGAUGGGAAUGGAGACCUGGCAGUGGGUUCUCCCUUUGCGCGGGCCAGUCUGAAGAGUUCAAAGCUGGAGGGCUCUAACUUCCAUAAGAGGGAGCGUCGUCUGCGUUUCUUCAUCCGACGCAUUGUGAAGACCCCGUAUUUCUACUGGAGUGUACUGUGUCUGGUGGGACUUAACACCAUGUGUGUGGCUGUAGUACACUACGACCAGCCUGAACCACUCUCAGACUUCCUCUACUUUGCAGAGUUCGUCUUCUUGAGUAUCUUCAUUUCUGAGAUGGGUAUAAAGAUUUAUGGACUGGGGUCACAGCCUUACUUUCACUCCUCCUUUAACUGCUUUGACUGCAUUGUAAUAUGUGGCAGCAUAUUCGAGGUGCUGUGGGGUUUUAUCCAGCCUGGGACAUCCUUUGGUAUCAGUGUAUUACGAGCUCUAAGGUUACUGAGAAUCUUCAAAGUCACCAAGUACUGGGCGUCUUUGAGGAACCUGGUUGUAUCUCUGCUCAACUCCAUGAAAUCCAUUAUAAGCCUGCUCUUCCUCCUCUUCCUCUUUAUCGUCGUCUUCGCUCUGUUGGGCAUGCAACUCUUCGGAGGACAGUUUAAUUUUGAAUCUGGCACUCCCUCGACCAACUUUGAUACUUUCCCUGCAGCAAUAAUGACUGUGUUCCAGAUCCUGACCGGAGAAGACUGGAACAUGGUCAUGUAUGAUGGAAUAGAAUCUCAGGGAGGAGUCAACAACGGGAUGGUCUUCUCAGUCUUCUUCAUCGUGCUCACACUUUUCGGCAACUACACUCUGCUGAAUGUGUUCUUGGCCAUUGCUGUGGACAAUCUGGCCAACGCACAGGAACUCACUAAGGACGAGCAGGAAGAGGAAGCCGCUUCCAAGAAAAAUGCUUUGCAAAAAGCCAAGGAGGUGGCCGAAGUCAGCCCUCAGUCUGCAGCCAACCUGUCCAUAGCGGCUAAGGAGCAGCAGAAGAACAAUAAGGGUGGUAAUAAGUCCGUGUGGGAACAGAGGACCAAGGAGCUGAGGAAACAGACUCUAAUGACCAGCAGAGAGGCCCUCUACAAUGAACUGGACCCAGAGGACCGCUGGAAGGUGAACUACUCCCGCCACAUCCGUCCUGACAUGAAGACCCAUACAGACCGCCCUCUAGUGGUGGACCCCCAAGAGAACCGCAACAACAACACCAACAAAACCACCAAAGAGCCUGACUCCCGCCUCAGCCAGCAGCACACCGAUGAGCUGGUCCGCAAGCAGACACACGUCCACGAGAGAGGAGGUGGGGGAGGAGGAGGUGGGGGCUCAGGUUCUGGUUCAGGCCCUGGAAGGCCUUACGAGCGGGCAGACUCUACGGAGAGCCGCAGGAGCCGUAAGGAGAGCAAGGAGCACCAGGAGCUCCAACACCACCACUCCUCCCAUACCCGCCUAGAUGCAACGAUGCUGGGACAGAGUGGAGAGGAGAGGCCCCAGAGAAGGCACCACCACCCACGGGGCCAGGUGGGCUCAUCGGAGCACAGGAAACCCCGCCAGCACCGCGUGCCCCCAGAGGACGAAGAGAGGGGAGGUGGCGGUGGUGGAGGAGGAGGGGAAAGGCGACACAAGAGCAGGGGGACAGAAGGAGAAGGCGAGGGGGAGCAAGAAGGGGGUGAUGGAGGUGAGAGGAGGCAGAGACGGCAUCGCCAUGGCACUCAGUCAGGGUGUGAUGGUGAGGGGAAGAGGACGCGGCAACACCGCAGGAAGGAUGGUCCCAACCUGUCCACCACACGGCCCAUCCAGAAGAGCCUCUGUAGACAGGACAGCCAGUACAGCGAGGACAUGGACAAUGUCAUGAACAGUAAACUGGCCACCAGCCAGCCCAAGCUACACCCAGGCUACACCCAGCAGCCCUGCCCAGCCUCGGGCCUCCCCAGCCCAGCCAACCACACUACCCCAGGCCCAGGCUUCGGCCCUGCAGGCCUCAACACUCACCUGACCAACAGCAGCUCCCACCUGGGCCUAGAUGGAAGCCUGGUUCCUGCAUACGGAAGUAGCACCCGGAUACCGGACCACACGGCAGUGGACAUACCACCCAUGUUUCCUUCCCACAACGCCAUAUUGCAGGUCAAUAAGAAUGCUAACACAGAGCCUCUGCCUAAGAAGGAGGAUAAGGAGGAUGAUGAUGAUGAGAAGGGUGAUGAAGAUGGACCCAAACCAAUGCCUCCCUAUAGCUCCAUGUUCAUCCUCUCUACCACCAAUCCGUUCCGGAGACUAUGCCACUACAUUGUGACUCUGAAAUUCUUUGAGUUUGGUAUCCUGUCUACCAUCGCUAUGAGCAGUAUCGCCCUGGCAGCGGAAGACCCCGUCUGGCCAGAAUCACCUCGCAACAAUGUUCUACGCUACUUUGACUAUGUGUUUACGGGAGUGUUCACUUUUGAGAUGUUGAUUAAGAUGGUGGAUCUGGGCCUGGUGUUGCACCAGGGCUCCUAUUUCCGUGACCUGUGGAACAUCCUGGACUUUAUAGUGGUUAGUGGUGCUCUGGUGGCCUUCGCCUUCACGGGAAGCAGUAAGGGGAAAGACAUCAGCACAAUCAAGUCUCUGAGGGUUCUGAGAGUGUUGCGACCUCUGAAGACUAUCAAGCGUCUUCCAAAGCUCAAGGCUGUGUUUGACUGUGUGGUCAACUCCCUGAAGAACGUCCUGAACAUCCUCAUCGUCUACAUGCUCUUCAUGUUCAUUUUUGCUGUGGUGGCCGUGCAGCUGUUCAAAGGGAGAUUCUUCUACUGCACUGACGAGUCCAAAGAGUUUGAGCGCGAUUGCAGGGGCGAAUAUCUAGUCUAUGAGCGGAAUAAUGAAGUGAAGGCGCAGAAGCGGGAGUGGAAGAAGUACGAUUUCCACUACGACAACGUGCUUUGGGCCCUGCUCACCCUCUUCACCGUGUCUACCGGAGAGGGGUGGCCGCAGGUGCUGAAACAUUCAGUGGAUGCGACCUAUGAGAAUCAGGGCCCGAGCCCGGGGUACCGGAUGGAGAUGUCCAUCUUUUACGUGGUGUACUUCGUGGUCUUCCCCUUCUUCUUCGUCAAUAUCUUCGUAGCUCUCAUCAUCAUCACUUUCCAGGAGCAAGGAGACAAGAUGAUGGAGGAUUACAGUUUAGAGAAAAACGAGAGAGGCUGCAUAGACUUUGCCAUUAAUGCCAAACCGUUGACGCGACACAUGCCUAAGAACAAGCAAAGCUUCCAGUACCGCAUGUGGGAGUUUGUGGUGUCGCCGCCAUUCGAGUAUACAAUCAUGGCUAUGAUCGCGCUCAAUACUAUCGUACUGAUGAUGAAGUAUGACGGAGCCUCUCCGGCCUACGAGGCUGUGCUGGCCAACCUGAACAUCGUGUUCACCUCGCUGUUCUCCAUGGAGUGUGUGCUCAAGAUCAUCGCCUUUGGAGUGCUGAAUUACUUCAAAGAUGCCUGGAACAUUUUUGACUGUGUGACAGUCCUGGGCAGCAUUACAGAUAUUUUAGUGACUGAGCUCGGGAAUAACUUCAUCAACUUGAGUUUCCUGAGACUGUUCAGGGCUGCCAGGCUCAUCAAACUGCUCCGGCAGGGAGAAACCAUCCGCAUCCUGCUCUGGACCUUUGUUCAAUCCUUCAAGGCGCUGCCGUACGUGUGCCUGCUUAUCGGCAUGCUGUUCUUCAUCUAUGCCAUCAUCGGGAUGCAGCUGUUUGGGAACAUAGGGAUGGAGGAGGAGGAAGGGAGCGCCAUCAACGAACACAACAACUUCAGGACUUUCUUCCAAGCUCUCAUGCUGCUCUUCAGGAGUGCCACGGGCGAGGCGUGGCAUGACAUCAUGCUGUCGUGUCUUGGAGGGAAGCUCUGUGAUCCUCUGGCAGGGAACACGGAACCAGAGUGUGGCAGCCAGUUUGCCUACCUCUACUUUGUGUCCUUCAUCUUCUUCUGCUCCUUCCUGAUGCUGAAUCUGUUCGUUGCUGUCAUCAUGGACAACUUUGAGUACCUGACCAGAGACUCCUCCAUCCUCGGCCCACAUCAUCUAGACGAGUAUGUCAGGAUAUGGGCUGAAUAUGACCAAGCAGCUUGCGGUCGCAUUCAUUAUAAGGAUAUGUACAGUUUAUUGCGAGUUAUCGACCCGCCUCUUGGCUUAGGAAAGAAAUGCCCCCAUAGAGUGGCCUGCAAGAGGCUGCUGCGGAUGGACCUCCCGGUCGCCGACGACAACUCAGUCCACUUCAACUCCACCCUGAUGGCCCUGAUCCGCACGGCGCUGGACAUCAAGAUCGCCAAGGGAGGUGUGGACAAACACCAGAUGGAUGCAGAGCUGAGGAAAGAGAUGAUGGCGAUUUGGCCCAAUCUCUCCCAGAAGACCCUGGACCUCUUAGUCACGCCACAUAAGUCAACAGACCUGACGGUGGGGAAGAUCUACGCUGCCAUGAUGAUCAUGGAGUACUACAGGCAGAGCAAGGCCAAGCGCUCUCAGGCGCGGCUAGAGGCGGAGCAGAAUCGAACGACAUUACUGUUUCAGCGCGUGGAGCCGCCCUCCCCCAUCCAGGAUGGGCCUCUCUGCCUCCCUCCUACCCAACCGGCAGACCCCGUCAACAGCCUACCGGUGGAGGGGGGGGUUCCAGAGAGCCAGUCGUGGGUGACAGUGCGGGCUCAGGAGAUGUCCCAGAGAGUAGGCAGCUGGAGUCCUGAGGGACAGCACUCUGAGGAUGGCCUGGACAGCAGGCAUAACUCGCAGACGGUAGAGAUGAGAGAGAUGGGGCGUGACGGUUACUCGGAUACCGAGCACUUUCAGCCAAUGGAAGGCCACGGAAGGGCCGCUUCCAUGCCACGCCUUCCAGGCGACAACCAACGAAGGAAAGGGAGGCAGCGUGGAAAUAACCUCAGUACUAUAACAGAUAAUAGUCCUAUGAAGCGCUCGGCCUCCUCCCUUGGUCACAGUCGAUCUGGGAGGGGCCAGAGGGAAAGGGGUGGGGCCGAUGAUUAUGCAAUGGAGUAUGUGAUCCCUGAGGAGGGCGGAGCACCGAGGCACAGCCAUCGACGCCGCGACCGAAGCCACCGGGCCUCCGAGCGGUCACUGUGUCGAUAUACAGACGCAGAUACAGGACUGGGCACAGACUUGAGCACCACCACUCAGUCAGGUGACCUGCCACCCAAGGAGAAGGACCGUGACCGCGACAGAGACCGCGGUAGGCAGAAAGAUCGCAAACACCACCACCAUCACCACCACCAUCACAGCGGCUCUGUGGACAAGGAGCGCUACACACCAGACCGCGCCGACCGCGCCGACCGGGGGGCAGAGCACGGUGGUCACAGACAGCCCCGAGGAGACAGAGACCACGACCGGGAUAGGGAGCACGACCGUCGCUGGUCACGGUCACCCAGCGAGGGCAGAGAAUGCAUGGCACACAGACAGGGCAGUAGUUCGGUGAGCGAAAGUCCCGCUCCCUCUACCUCGGGGACCAGUACCCCGAGACGAGGCCGUCGGCAACUCCCUCAGACCCCGGCAACGCCCCGCCCACACGUCACCUACUCUCCUGUUGUCCGUAAAGCCAUGGCCACACCUCCCGGAGCCCAGCCCCUGGGGCGCAAUCCCGCCCCCGCCCCUCACUGCUUUUCCCCUGAGCCCCCCCAGGGACCUCCCCCACCCCACCAUGGCUCACCCAACCAAGCCUGCCACCUCCCUCCCCGCUGGGGGGACGGGGGAGGAGGAGGAGGAGAGAGUGGGUCGCUGGAGGGCGACGGCUGCUUCUACAACCAGGAUUACCAGGAUUACGACCGUGAGCACCACAAACCGCCUCCCUACGAGCAGAGCCCCACACAGGGCAACCCUCACAAACCUCACCCCCUCAACCACCCUACUCUCCCCAUGCUAAACCAUCCCCCAACCCCACAGCAGCAGCACCCUAUCAACCCGCACCCAAACAACCCCCACCCCAACAACCCCCACUCCCGCACCUCGCCCAGGACUUCCCGCCACGCGCCCCCACCCAACACCACCCCCACCCCCCAAGGGCAGCAGCCUCCCCCUACUCGACGCCUCCCCAACGGCUACCGUGCCUCCUCCCCCUCCUCGCAACACCACCACGGCCCCACCCACCCCGGGCCCCAUAAGGUCCCCCCUCCCCAGCCUAGAGGGCCCCGCACUAAAGACCUGCACGAACCCUACAACAACACGGAUGACAACAGGUGCUAGCCUCUGGAGACUAUGGAUGGAGGGAGGGAGGGAGGGAGGGAGGGAGGGAGGGAGGGAGGGAGGGAGGGAGGGCUCAACCACACUGUCUGAGUUAUCAGUCCCUACCUCCCAGCCCAGGAAAACACACAGCCAGAGCACUGACCACUGACAGGGGAAACCAAGGCAUGAUUCUUUCUUUCCUUAUUUCCGUUUGUUUUUCUUUUCGUUUCUUCUACUGCUCAGUGUUUCCCGGGGAUGGAGGGAGUGAGGAAGGGGUAGUUAGAAUAAAGGGAUGAGGAGGAGGACCACUGAAGGAUGAGUGGAAAUUAGUGAACAGGGUAUGGAGUACAAACCAAUUCCUCCUCCAAAAACAACCCACCUCAUCAGAUGCAAGGAGACAAAAAUGGAUGAUUUCAAAAUGGAUGAUACGGGGACAGAAGCUUUUCUCAACGUAUCAUGAUGCUACGCCUCUGGAAACAAUAUUAAAAACCGCCACAAAGACCAAGACGUCAUCACGUAAUCAACGCAAGAAACUAUGACAUUGCGGAGAACUAAGUGGAGUUGCGUUAGUUGCAAAAACCAACCACCAACCCCGAUGAUGGGGAGAUAUUGAUGAGUUUUAUCAUCUGUGUUUACUGUUAAUAAUGACAUCAGUGAUGAUGAGCCUUCCACCUGAGUGUGGUGGGGGGAGUGGGGGGGACACCGGGACACACACCCUAACUCUGAACGAGAGGGGGGGUUAUGUAGGCGGAAUCUAUCCAUUCCAACCCCCCCAAAAAGAUUCCGCCCCAACCGAGUAGAGAAGAAACAUUAAAAAGUGGAUGGUGAACAUUAAAAAAAAAGAAACUUAAAAAUAAACAUUUUCUUCAGUAUUUCUUCUUCUACUCCUGCGGCUGCUACUUUUCCCUCUUCCUCUUCUUCUUCUUCUUCGAAACAUUGAAGCUUGAUUCUUCUGUUGCACCCGCACAGCUUUGUUGGAACUUGCAGUUUAAAAACCUGUGGAAUCCUGCAUGAUUGAUACAAAAAAAAUGAUAACAAAGAGAAACUACUGUAAUGUGGGGGAAACUAUCCCUGGGUCCUUUCUAUAUUAGUCUGUGGGGUUCUCUCUUUUUCCUGUAAAUCCCUUUGUUUCUCUCUCUUCUCCCUGAGGCGUCCCUCUCUCUCUCUCUCUUCCUGUGCUGGAGGUAUAAUCAGGAUAGUUAGGAUGGAUGGAGAGAUGGGGCGAUGAGGAAGAGAAGCACAAGGUCCAAGCCUUUUUUAUACGGAGGGACAGGAUGAUCUAUUUCCCACUUUGUUCUUAUUGAAAUGCUCUGUGCCAAAUUAUAACUGUUGAUGUGGCUGAGAUUGCACAAUCAUUUUCAAGGAAGUAGAUAUUUUGUUACAAGGCCUACUUUUAUUUCAUGGAAGGAAAGAAGGCAGGAAAGUAUGAAAACGCAGACCCCACAUAUUAUUGGUUCAUAUUAAAAGGGAGUUGAAACUGGGGGAGGAAGUUACAAGCACGCUCCAUGGUCCUUAUUGGCUCUUCAUCUGCUGAUGCAUAGCCUCGUUCAAACCAGAGAUAUGUCUCUAGUCUUCCAGAGUUUGUGUUUGAAAGAGCGAUGGUAAGAGAGAGAGAGAAAGAAAGGCCGAUGAAAGGAGGGAACCUCUUCACCUUUCGUUUAUUUGUUAUUAAUAGUGAUAAUGGUUCUAUAGAUACUGAUAACAAUACUAUUGAUGAUAAUGACGAUGAUGAUAAUAAUAACGAUGAUGAUAAUGGUGAUGAUGAUGAUGAUGAUGACAAUGUUCAUGCUUGUGAGAGAUAAUUAUUUUAGUCUUUGUGUGUUUGUUACUUUCGAGUCGGUUGUGCUCAGCGCGUCACCAUCUUUGUUUCGUGAGACGUUCUGUCUGGUUGGUGGUCCACUGGUCCGGCUGGUGGGCGGAGCUUUGUCAGAGAGGUGCAUUGUGGGAACAGGAGUAAUCAUAGGAAUGACUCUGAUACAGUGUAAUACGGUGGGGAAGGGAAAAGGAACUUAAAAAGGAACUUUUAAAAAAGAACAAUGUCAAACAUCAUACAGGAAAUCAUGUAUCUGACAUGUAUACUUGUUCAUUGGACAGUUGUUUACAUAUAUUAAUCAUUUGGGUAAAUAUAGGGCAGCUAAAUGGUCUUGCUUAGGUAACGGGGUCUACAGACUAAAGUAGACCAGAUAAAGCAGUAAUGAGACAGAGCUCCUCUACCAGUUUGGCCCUCUAGGUGGCACUGUAUGCAAUACAUUGCAUCCCUGUCCUAUUGCAUCAUUGUAUCACCCCUUCUAUUUUGACUGUCAGAUUCCAAUGUUUUCGUAUCUGUCUUUAAACUGGGAGCAUAAGGUUAAAGUGUUGUCUGUCACUGGUGGAUCACCUCCUUUGUGUUCAGGACAUGUAACACAGCCAAUCACAAAUGCACAGGACAUGUAUCACAGCCAAUGAAAAUGCAUGGGAGAAACAAUGACUGGGUCUUUUCUGCCAAACCUCUGUGUCCUGUUUCACCCUAUUCUCUUUUUGUGUGUCUUUGUGCGCCUCAACCUAACAUCCAUCCUAAUACCCACCACUGUCCCGUACAGUGUCUCUCUCACAGUUGCCGGACUUUGAGGAUUGCCAUAGUGAACCAUUAAUUUAUUCGAAUUAUGUCAUUAUUAUUCUUAUUAUUACACCCCAUGUCAAAACCAUUAGCGUCAGGUAACAGUGUUUGUUCACGGCUGCCAUAGAUAUAGCGCAGUUAGAUCUGCACAAAUCUGGAUUCUGAUGUACUGUAAAGACAUAUCCCAUGAUUCUAUGUACCACAGUUUGACCAGAAAGUGCACAGGCACAUUGCCUUUACAGUAUUCAUCUAACGUAGGAAUGUCAUAGACGUGUAUAAGUCACAUCACAACACUGAUAAGAUAGGAAUACACAGAUACACUCUCAGUAUGUAGCUCCUGGCUGUAGCAAGUAUGCGUGUAUGUGCGUAUGGCGUGUGUGCGUUUGCGUGUGUGUCUGUGUAUAAAUGCGUUAUUUUAUAGCAAGAAUGUGUGUGUACAUUCAAUGUGUGUGUGUACAUCAAUAGCUAGCUGUUUUCGUUGGAUAUUUCAUUUCAUUUGUUUAUUUGCUUUGAAUAUUUGGUGAUGACAUUUGAGUUAGUAAGUGUUUGUGUGUGUGUGUGUGAGUUAGCCUGUGUUUGUGAGCGAGUGUCAGAAUGUUUGUGUGUCUGUGUGCAAGAUUAAAUAAGAUGUCAAUCACCUUACAAUUGAAACUAUGAGAGGCCCUAACAUUCACUGUCAAUCAUUGUGUCCUGUACUGACCAACCAUCCACUAACAACACAUAUUCUAAAUAACCCCACUGUUACUUCAAAAAGCAAUGUAAAGCUGCUAUGGAAAACAUAGAAAUAAAAGCAUUUUAAGUACCAAAAAAAUACCAAAAAAAGGGAAAAUAUCUACUUCCAGAACUGCAUGUGCUAUGUGCAUGCCACACCGUGGGUGAACAGUCAUCUUCAGGAAUCAAAAAAUAAGAAUAUGAAUUCAGAUUUUAAAAACUAUAUGAAUAUAGAUAGAUGUUUAUACUAAGCAACAUGUUUUCUUUCUUCCUUCUAUUUUUGAGAACAAAAAAGGUUAAAAAAAAAUAUAUAUAAAAAGCUGAGAAUCAAAGUUGGUUUGUUUAUUUAUGUUGCCAGCUGUUAACUGUAAACAUGGAGGUGAGACACUACACAACCAUGUUCAGGACACUACAAAAAAAAGAGAACUCCUGUUUUAAAGAAGAGAAUCAAAUGAAAAGAGAUGGGCAUAUCCCUGCCUACUUUUGGGUGGGGCCAGGAGCCAGCCAAAUCUGAUGAUGUAACCCUUAAAACUCUGGCUGUGGGAUCUUUUAUCUCUCACUCACUCCCUCUCUAUUUCUCUCUCACUCUUAUCUCUCACACUCUCAACCUAUCUCACCGCUAUUUCUACCCGUGCAUUUUGUAAUUCCAGACAGAAUUCUUCCUAAUGAAUAAAAACCAGAGAGAUGCACACUGUU